AUGCUUAAUAUUAUCAAACUUGACAAUAAUACAAAUGAACUUUACAAUCAUCAUAAUAAUAACAUUGACAUAAGUAUAUUUGUUGAUUCUGAUGAUAGACUUAAUUCAAAUCUUGAUAUUAAUGAUAUACCUCAAGAAGUGUUUUCACUUAACAACAAUUUAGUAUCAUCAAUUGAAGUUGGAAAAACUUUUACUAAGAAAAGCCUAGACAUUAUUAUUAGAGCAGACAUUGUUUGUUAUCAUGCUAGUAUUGCAAAAAAAACAAGUACUAAAUUGAGAACUACAAAGAGCAUUGCAAUUGGUUGUCUAUUUAAAAUAGUAGUUCAUUGGAUUAAUAAUGAAUAUCAUGUAAGAUUGGCUAAUCUUAAACAUAACCAUUCUAUAGAUACUGCAAUAACUUUGUUUGAUUCUGGACAUCACAAAUUAAGUUAUAAUGAAAAGAAUCAA